AUGACUCCAGGAGACUCGCAAACGCUUCAUCCCAAACCGAAGUCUGCGGUCCCGUCGUAUCUUUUAAACGGGACUUCUUCUGUGCGCAUGCCGAGCAGCACUCGAGAGCGAGAGAGCCUUAACCACUCGAUCAAGUCGUCUUUUGAACGGAAACACGCCCUGGGACCAGAAGAGCUUCGGGACGCCGCUAAUCCCGAUCUCUCAUCGGAUACGAAGACUCAUGUCUCCGGUACCGACGAUAUUAAGGUCAAUGGCGAGGAUAAGAAGCCCAAUGGGUUAAAGAUGGAGACUGAUGUGACCACUCAGCCGCCAAAACGCAACCUGGGCGACCCUCCAAGAGAUCCUCGAGAUCAGAUCACUCCUCCUUCGACCGCCGUCAGUCGUCCUGCUAGCCCGUAUACUUUGAACCCGCCUAUAGAUUUCGAUGGGCUGAGUUGGCCUAGCUUAGGAACAAGGGAACGCUUAGAAUCGACGCCUGAACAGACCGAACAAAGGAUUCAAAAGCUUGCAGGAGCUGUGAAGACAAUUCUCGAGUGCAUUGGCGAGGAUCCGGAGCGUGAAGGUCUCCUCGAGACACCGGAACGAUAUGCUAAAGCUCUGAUGUUCUUCACAAAAGGCUACGAGGAAAAUGUACGGGAUCUGGUUAACGGAGCCGUAUUCCAUGAGGAUCACGAUGAACUUGUGAUUGUCAAGGAUAUUGAAAUGCACAUCGGCUACAUUCCUGACCGCAGAGUCCUCGGUCUGUCCAAGCUUGCUCGUCUCGCGGAGAUGUUUUCUCGUCGCCUCCAGGUCCAAGAGCGACUAACCAAGCAAGUCGCCCUCGCCAUCGUUGAAGUACUCAAACCUCAAGGUGUUGCUGUUGUUAUGGAAUCAAGCCAUCUUUGUAUGGUUAUGCGUGGUGUCCAGAAAACAGGAAGCACUACGACCACCAGCUGCAUGCUUGGUUGCAUGAGGUCUAGCGCAAAGACCAAAGAAGAGUUCCUCAGUCUGUUGAACAGAAGAUAA